AUGCCUCCGAAAGUGAAAGCGGACAGCGCGAAGACACCGUCGCUGAAACGGCUCAAGGCUCAGCUAAAGGACACUCAAUCAACUCUUGGCGACAUUGAGACGUUCAUCAAGGACUUCAAGGACACCGCUACGGCCAGCGAUGUCAGCGUACGGUUGGAAAUUAUCAAUGACAUCUACGAGACUUUUUGCGAAACUCUCAUUGAUAUCACUUCUCACGACGAGUUCUUUGAAGCGGAGGAUUUUUAUGAAUCUGCCCGGAUGGCUUUCAACUUGAGCUACAUGGAGGCCAAAUCGUUUCUUUUGGAGAGGCUCAGGGAGCGCGAAGACCACACGUCGGAUCAGUCUAACGUUACGCUAGGUUGCGAGAACUUGAACCAUGUGCAGUUACCGCAGAUCCAACUGCGGACAUUCACCGGAGAUGACGACGAUUGGGUUAGCUUCCGAGAUUUGUUUACGUCACUCAUCCACUGGCGGAACGACCUGUCCGGUGUGGAAAAGCUACAGUACCUGAGGGGUUGUUUGUUUGGCAAACCUGCGACGAUGGUAGACAAGUUCAAGAUGAGCAACGCGGACUAUCAGUUAGCUUGGGAAGAUUUGCUGAACUAUUACAACAACAGCAAGCAAAUGAGGAAGCGUCAGAUUCAGCAUCUCUUCGAACUGCCAGCCAUGUCCAAAGAAUCUUCUGAGGAGUUGCGCGAUCUCAUCCAAGGAUUUGAGAAGGUUGUCCAAUCGUUGGACCAGAUUGUACAACCAGGCGACUACAAGGACUUGCUUCUGGUGCACAUGCUGACGGAUCGUCUUGACCCGGUAUCACGGCGAGGCUGGGAGGAGCACUCGUCUACCAAGGAGCAGGACACGGUUAAGGAUAUGCUGGAGUUCUUGCAGCGGCGUAGUCGUGUGCUCGAGUCGUUGCCGCCGAAGUCUACUAACGCAAAGAGUACAUCCCAGCAACCACAUCAACAACCGAAGGCGAAACCGUCGGUGGUCAGGACUAACUACAGCACGGCUCAAGCGUCAGGAGAACGCUGCCCAGCGUGCACGGGAACACAUCUUCUUCACAGAUGCGCGGUGUUCCAGAGGAUGACGGUUUCGGACAGGGAGUCUCUGCUGCGCACGCAUUCGCUGUGUCGCAAUUGUCUCAAACCUGGACAUCUGGCGAGGGGUUGCCAGUCGAAGUACUCUUGCCAGAACUGUAAAGCGCGACACCACACACUUCUCUGUUUCCGCCUUCGGAAGGAUCAGGUGAAGGUCGCAUCAACUACCAGACGGGAGAAUGCUCCCAGGGAAGAACCUCAAGUUCUCCCAAAGGUUACGGUCAAUUUACCAACGUCGGCCAUAAACACCACUGGUUGGACCAUACCAGAUGGCGUCGUACUGGCGGAUCCGACGUUUUCGAUGUCCAACGGUGUGGACAUGGUACUUGGGAUCGAGCAUUUUUUUGACUUCUUCGCAAGCGGUCAGAAAAUCUCACUGGGAGAACAGCUGCCAGCCCUGAACGAGUCGGUUUUCGGAUGGGUGGUAUGCGGUGGUUGCGCAGACUCACGGGAGUCUCCGCGGAUUAACUGCAACGUGUCGGCAUUGGAAAAGCUGGAUGCUUUGGUGGCUCGAUUUUGGUCCUGUGAGGAGGUCGAGUCAGCAGCCGGUAACUACUCGCCAGAGGAAGCACGCUGCGAAGCUCUGUACGCACAGUCGGUUCAACGUGGUACAGACGGACGGUAUUCGGUUGCUCUACCGAAAGCUGAAGACGCUCUGUCACGGUUAGGCGAGUCCAAGGACAUCGCCGUAAGACGUCUUCACGGCACGGAACGGAGACUGGCCAGGGACGAUCAUCUCCGGGAACAAUACGUCGCUUUCAUGCACGAAUAUGAGCAGUUAGGACACAUGACGAAGGUCACGGACACGGGCUCCGCCAAACGGUGCUACCUGCCCCAUCACCCAGUGGUCAGGGAGGCUAGCACAACCACCAAGGUACGCGUGGUGUUCGACGCUAGCUGUAAGACUUCUUCUGGUGUGUCGCUCAAUGAGGUUCUGCUGUGUGGACCAGUAAUCCAGCAGGACUUGAGGUCGAUAAUCUACCGUUGUCGCGUGAAGCAGAUCAUGUUGGUUGCGGACGUCGAAAAGAUGUUCCGGCAGAUCGGAAUCUGUCCGGAGGACCGUUUGUUGCAAUGCGUUCUAUGGCGUCCAACACCCACCGAGGCGAUCUCCACGUACGAACUCAACACCGUUACGUACGGUACGAAACCAGCUCCGUUUUUGGCAACACGGACGUUGAAACAGCUGGCCAUGGAUGAAAAGGAACGGUUUCCGCUCGCAGCCAAGGUCGCCUGCGAAGAUAUCUAUAUGGACGAUGUGAUCACCGGAACCAACGACUUGGACUCGGCGAUCGACCUGCGAAACCAGCUGGACAAGAUGACGGUCAGUUGUGGUUUCCGUCUGCGGAAAUGGGCAUGCAAUCGUGCUGAAGUUCUGUAUGAUGUGGAGGAGGAUAACUUGGCGAUUCCCUGCGCCGAUGGUAUCAACCUGGAUCGAGAUCCCUCGGUGAAGACGCUCGGGUUGACAUGGUUCCCAUCUACUGACGAAUUCAUGCUCAAGUUCACCAUCCCAGAAACGGACCCUGAUGAACCACUCACCAAGCGGAACGUUCUUUCCAAAAUUGCGUCGAUUUUCGAUCCCCACGGUUGGUUUGGCGCAACGGUUACAACGGCAAAGGUGUUCAUGCAGCAGUUGUGGACGCCGGGCAUCGAUGGCAAGCGUCUGGAAUGGGAUCAGCCAUUGCCUUCGAUGAUGGGUGAGAACUGGCGGAAAUUCGAGGAGCAAUUACCGGUUCUCAGUUCGGUUCGGUUUGCGAGAUGUGUCGUCAUCCCUAACGCAACGUCGGUUCAGCUGCAUUGCUUCUCAGACGCGUCCACCAAGGCCUACGGUGGUUGUGUUUACGUUCGUAGCGAGAACGCAAAGGGAGAAGUUAUGGUUCGUCUGUUGGCCUCAAAGUCGCGGGUGGCCCCGCUCAAGGUUCAGACGAUUCCGAGACUGGAGCUCUGCGGAGCGGUCUUGGUUGCGCAGCUGUUCAAGGUUCUACGAGAAGCGCUCGACAUUCCAGUGGACGCAUAUUUCUGGACGGACUCCACGUGCGUACUUUGCUGGCUUGGAUCUAUCCCGACCACGUGGAAUGUGUUCGUUGCAAACAGGGUGUCGAAAAUUCAAAACAUCACGGAAGGAUUUCGUUGGCAACACGUCCCAGGACUUCAAAACCCUGCUGAUCUUAUUUCCAGAGGAAUCUCGCCACAGGACAUCGUGGACAACGAGUUCUGGUGGUUUGGACCGGAUUGGCUGCGUUUGAGCCCAGAGCACUGGCCGAAUGCAGAAUCUACAGCUGAAGAUGAGAAUGCGGAAACGGAAAGACGUCGAUCGGUGACAGCAAACAUUGUGUCGGUGGUACAGGAGUUCAACGAUCUUUAUUUUUCAAAAUUCUCUUCGUACCCGAAGCUGAUCCGUCAAACAGCCGUUUGGUUGCGGCUCAUGAAACUUCUCCGCACUCCCAGCUCGGACCGUACAUCCGGAUUUCUCACCACGGCGGAACUGAAGGAGGCAGAGAACGUGCUGAUUCGUCGGGUUCAGAUGGAAUCGUUCGCUGAGGAAAUUAAGGCACUAUCUGCAAGAAAAACGGUUGCUGUUAAAUCACCUCUUCGUUGGAACAACCCUUACCUAGACCAGGACAACAUUAUUCGAGUGGGUGGGCGGUUGCAACACUCUGACGAGCCCGAGGACGCCAAGCACCCUGCUGUUCUGCCAGCGCGCCAUCGCUUCACACGGUUGAUUUUGCAUUAUUAUCAUCUCGGGCUGCUGCACGCUGGACCACAGCUGCUGUUGGGAACAGUUCGGCUUCGAUUCUGGCCUUUGGGAGGACGGAGCGUGGCACGCACGAUCGUGCAUCAGUGCAAAACAUGCUUCAAGGCCAAACCCACGCCGGUGCGACAAUUCAUGGGCGAUCUGCCAGCGGUACGCGUCACGGUUGCGCGUCCGUUCUCGAAAACUGGCGUUGAUUACUUUGGCCCAGUGUUCGUUCGCCCAGGACCUCGGCGAACGGCGAUCAAGGCGUACGUGUGCCUGUUCGUGUGCCUGUGCACCAAGGCUGUGCACCUCGAACUCGUGUCGGACCUCUCCACGGAACGCUUUCUGCAGGCUUUACAUCGGUUCACCUCGCGCAGAGGACCUGUCGCCGAGAUCUGGUCUGACAAUGGGACCAACUUUGUCGGAGCACGGAACAGGUUGCACGAGUUGUUUACACUGCUGCGCGACAAACAGCACCAGGAGAAGGUCUUCAAGGACUGUGUCAACAACGAGAUUCGCUGGUCGUUCAGCCCACCAAGCGGCCCACAUUUUGGUGGUUUAUGGGAGGCGGCCGUACGCUCAGCCAAGCACCACAUUCUGCGUGUCAUUGGAGACGAACCUAUCUCGAUCGAGGACAUGAACACGCUGCUCGUCCAAGUAGAAGGCUGCUUGAACUCGAGACCCAUCACGCCCAUGUCCGACGACCCCAACGAUCUCGAGCCGCUCACACCUGCCCAUUUUCUCGUUGGAUCAUCGUUGAAGGCGCUACCGGACCGUGAUUUCAUCAAUCUACCUGCAAACCGUCUCAACCAUUAUCAACAAAUCCAGCAAAAGCAACAACAUUUUUGGUAUCGUUGGAAGAGGGAAUACCUGAGUCAGCUGCAAGCUCGCACGAAACGUUGGCGGUCACCUGUGCAGAUAGAAGUCGGCAAGCUGGUCGUAAUCGUCGACGACAAUCUGCCACCCACGCGCUGGAAGCUAGCGAGGAUCAGCGAAGUCCAUCCAGGUGCUGAUGGUGUCGUGCGUGUGGUCACCCUCAAGACUGCGACGAAGCUGAUCAAAAGGCCAGUCGAGAAGAUUUGUUUACUUCCACUGGACGAAGAGGAGCACAAUGCCAACAAAUCGAGUGAACAAUAG